AUGUCUCAUUCCCAUAUUACGAACCGGGCUGGCUGUGAGAACGGAUGGGGGAGGAGCAGAGCAGUUCGGCGGCCCGUACCGGUCAUUCGAGCGGAGGCAGGAGCGGUGCAAAGUCCGCCUGAGAAGGACAAGAGGAACCCCACAUUCGAGAAGGUGACGCAUCGCGAGCACCUCACCGUGGGCGACUGCAUGACCAAGGGCGACGUGAAGGUCGUCAAAGUCACCACCACCGUGGAUGAAGCGCUGGAGAAGCUAGUAGCGUAUCGCAUCUCGGGCAUGCCCGUGGUCGACGACGACAACCGCGUCGUGGGCGUGGUAUCGGACUACGACCUACUCGCCCUCGACUCCAUCUCAGGCAAGCACAAGGAGCGCGACGGCAUAUUCCCGCAGGCCGGCAGCACGUGGAAGGCGUUCAAGGAGAUCCAGCUGCUGCUGAUGAAGAACGCGGGGGCCACCGUGGGGGACGUGAUGACCCCCAACCCGCUGUGCGCACGUGCCAUGACCAACAUUGAAGACGCUGCACGAGUGCUGAUAGAGUCCAAGUUCCAUCGCCUGCCUAUCGUGGAUGAGGACGGCGUUCUGAUCGGGCUGUUGACGCGUGGCAAUGUGGUGCGGGCGGCACUGAUGAUGAAGCGCAUGGCGGAGGGCAAGGGGAUGGGGCCAACAGGCGGCAACUAA